AUGGGAAAUGGCGAGGAACCAAAGCCUACCAAAUCAGAUAAAUCAUCUUCUUCACCUGCGGUGGAUCAAACAAAUGUUCAUGUCUACCCUGAUUGGGCAGCUAUGCAGGCUUAUUAUGGUCCAAGAGUAGCAAUGCCUCCUUAUUACAAUUCAGCUAUGGCUGCAUCUGGUCAUCCUCCUCCUCCUUACAUGUGGAAUCCUCAGCAUAUGAUGUCACCAUAUGGAGGACCGUACGCAGCGGUGUAUCCGCAUGGAGGAGGAGUUUACGCUCAUCCCGGGAUUCCAAUGGGAACACAGCCUCAAGGUCAGAAGGUUCCACCUUUAGCAACUCCGGGGACGCAAUUGAGCAUCGACACACCUACUAAAUCUACAGGGAACACAGACAAUGGACUGAUGAAGAAGCUGAAAGAGUUUGAUGGGCUUGCUAUGUCUCUAGGAAAUGGAAAUACUGAAAAUGGUGCCGAGGAGCAUAAACGUUCGCUGAACAGCUCAGAAACGGAAGGUUCAAGUGAUGGAAGUGAUGGGAAUACGACUGGGGCAGAUGAACCGAAACUUAAAAAAAGCCGAGAGGGAACUCCAACGAAAGAUGUGAAACAGUUGGUUCAAUCUAGCUCAUUUCGUUCUGUUUCUCAGUCAAGUGGUGACAACGGCGUAAAACCUGUUCAAGUAGCUGGAGCUAUAGUUUCUCCUGGUAAUGAGAAGGAAUUGAAACGCGAGCGAAGAAAACAGUCUAAUCGAGAAUCCGCUAGAAGGUCAAGAUUAAGGAAACAGGCCGAGACUGAAGAACUUGCUCGGAAAGUCGAAGCCUUGACAGCCGAAAACAUGGCAUUAAGAUCUGAACUAAACCAACUCAAUGAGAAAUCUGAUAAACUAAGAGGAGUAAAUGCAACCUUGCAGGACAAGCUGAAAAGUUCAGAACCUGAAAAGAGAGUUUCCGGGAAUAUGUUGUCUAGAGUGAAUAACUCAGGAACAGGAGACAAGAACAAGAACCAAGGAGACAAUGAUUCUAACUCUACCAACAAAUUGCAUCAAUUGCUCGAUACGAAGCCUCGAGCUGGCGCUGUAGCUGCAGGCUAA